AUGGCCAACGGAUCCGCUGCCACCGAUGGCGUCGUCCCAUCCUACCUCUUGACCGGCAAGGUCGCCCUCGUCACCGGCUCUGGCCGAGGCAUGGGCCGUGAAACUGCUCUCGAGCUCGCUCGUCGUGGCGCCGACGUGGUUGUCAACUACGCCAACUCCUCCGAUGCCGCCGAGAUCCUCGUCAAGGAGAUCAAGGCUCUCGGCCGGGACGCUAUCGCCGUCAAGGCCAACGUAGGCAACGUUUCCGAGACCAUUGCUAUGUUCAAGCAAGCAAAAGACCACUUUGGCAAGAUCGAUAUCGUUGUCUCCAACUCCGGCGUUGUCUCUUUCGGCCACCUGAAGGAUGUCACCGAGGAGGAGUACGACCGCGUCUUCAACAUCAACACCCGUGGCCAGUUCUUCGUGGCCCGCGAAGCGUACAAGAACCUUGAAGUCGGUGGCCGCAUCAUCCUCAUGGGCUCCAUCACUGGCCAGGCUAAGGGCGUUCCCAAGCACGCCGUCUACUCCGGCAGCAAGGGUGCCAUUGAGACCUUCGUGCGCUGCAUGGCCAUUGACUGUGGUGACAAGAAGAUCACCGUGAACGCUGUGGCCCCCGGUGGAAUCAAGACCGAUAUGUACCACGCCGUGUGCAAGGAGUACAUUCCCAACGGUGAAAACCUGAACGAGCAGCAGGUCGACGAGUACGCCGCUACCUGGUCGCCCAUGAACCGGGUGGGUCUGCCCAUCGAUGUUGCACGCGUCACCGCUUUCCUCGCCAGUACUGACGGAGAGUGGAUUAAUGGCAAAGUUCUGGGGAUCGACGGCGCUGCCUGUAUGUAG